AUUUCACAAGUAGACCUGAACGCACCAUUGCCCGAGAGCAGAAUACACGUUAUUUUGUUCCUCAAUGGCUUGUAAUAUGUCGGAAGGAACACAACAUUUGCUAUGGCUAAAGUUAUUUUACAAACCACCACAACAAUGUUUUUAAGGACCGCUAUUUAUGAAGAGUUUCUAGUUUCUCUUCCGCCUCCCCUCCCAGAGAGGGCGGGGUUCUCUGUUACCUGCACGGCAGCGGAGGUAAUAAUGGCGACCUAGUUGGACUACAUUGCUCGAACACCGACUUCAACCUUCUUUCUUUCCCAGUCAAAGUCCACAGCCAUGAGCCAACCAGCCCGUUCAAAGCCAGGCCACCGAGAGAGGAAUGGUGAUCGUCGGCAGCCCCGUGAGCCACACGAUGCGGGGCGUUCGUCAGCUGACAGAACUUCUUCCCAAGACCCGUACUAUUCCAGAGAAGCCGAUCAUCCGCCCAGACAUACGCAGGGUGUGUCGCGUGGUGAACGUCAGGACUCCAAAUGCACAAACAUGUGCUCCAGGAGAGGCGUGGUUCUGAUCUGCUCGGUGCUGACCAACGCCCUGGUCCUCAUCUGUGUGGUGGCCGCUCAGAUGGCCAUGUCGGGCCUGUCCGCCAUGGGUGGCCUGGGCGGCUUCGACAUCAACUCCAACUUCAACCUGCAGGGCACCGAGCUGCAGAAGGUGCGGGAACUGGACGCGCAGUUCAGCCAGAUGAGAGCGCCGGGAAUCUACGGCGGCGUGGCCUUCAGCCUGACGAUGGGCGUGGUCUCGCUCCUGUUUGUGGUCGCGGGCAACAAGCCCCCCCACCACAUGUCCCGUAGGCUUCUUUACGGAGCGCUGGUGUUCCAGGCCGUGGGGGCCGUGGCCUACGUGGUGGCUGUUGGUCUCUAUCUGCAUUUCGUCAUGCGGGUCAACGCCACCGAUGUCUGCACGCAGCGCGAGCGGCUGUACGCACGGAACGGGUACACUUGGAUGAACUGUGACGUCGGCGGCGGGGACGCAGCCGUGGCGCUGUUUGGACUCAUCACGGCUUGCUUGUAUACCGCCGGAACGGUGCUCACCUUCCAAACCAUCCGUUGGGUAAAGCGCUACUUGCAAGAGCGUAAACGCCGUGAGGUGGAGCGAGAGCCGGCGCGAUCCCACCCACAGAGGGCUCCACUGAGGGCCGAAACCACGUCUGUAUGAACAUGCUCCAAAUACAGUAUUGACCCGGAUAGAAGAUGGUAUUUUUUACGUGCUGCACGGAUGUUUAAAGUUUAUUUUAGAAGCUUUUUGUCAAAUCUGAGCUGGUAAAAAUAGAUUAAAAUCAUAAUGAAUAUGUUUAAGCUAAACAGCAUUUUGGUUUGAUUUGUUUGGAAGUGACAAAAGCUGCUGGAUGAUGUCAUACUUAUGUUUUUACUGCACUGUCUUUUGUCAGAUGAUUAAAAUAGUAUUUUAUUACCGAACAAAAGUGAACGUUAGCAAACGGGUUCUGAUUAGAGAUGUCCGAUAAUAUCUGCCUGCCAAUAUUAUCGGCCGAUAAAUGCUUUAAAAUGUAAUAUCGGAAAUUAUCGGUAUCGUUUUUUUUAAUUAAUUUUUUUGUAUUAAAUCAACAUAAAAAACACAAGACACACUUACAAUUAGUACACCAACCCAAAAAACCUCCCUCCCCCAUUCACACUCAUUCACACAAAAGGGUUGUUUCUUUCUGUUAUUAAUAUUCUGCUUCCUACAUUAUAUAUCAAUAUAUAUCAAUACAGUCUGCAAGGGAUACAGUCCGUAAGCACACAUGAUUGUGCGUGCUGCUGGUCCACUAAUAGUACUAACAGUUAAUUUCACUCAUUUUCAUUAAUUACUAGUUUCUAUGUAACUGUUUUUAUAUUGUUUUACUUUCUUUUUUUAUUCAAGAAAAUGUUUUUAAUUUAUUUAUCUUAUUUAAUUUAAUUUAAAAAAAAAAAAGGACUUUAUCUUCACCAUACCUGGUUGUCCAAAUUAGGCAUAAUAAUGUGUUAAUUCCACGACUGUAUAUAUAGCGGUAUCAGUUGAUAUCGAUAAUUAAGAGUUGGACAAUAUCGGGAUAUCGGCAAAAAGCCAUUAUCGGACAUCCCUAGUUCUGAUACCAGAUUUGAAGAUAACGGCGAGCCACAAAGCAGCGAAUCCACCAGAUGUUGCCUCGCUGAUCACAAAACCAUGAGUUUUAAAAUCGGGAUCUAGGUUUUCAUGACCAUCUUUAUUAAAGACAUCAGUCAACAUGAUGGAGUUAUCAGGAAACUUACAUGUUUUAAGAGCUUCCUUGUGCAGUUUUUGAGAAUGACGUAACAGUUCUGAGAACAUUCACCGAGUCAGAUCGGAACAGUCAGAUCCUCUUGUUCAGCAUUUGCUCACCACUCUGUAACACAAAUGGAAUAACAAGCCUUCUGAAAUACAUCUUUUUCUCUCAGAGAACAAUAGCAUGAAUCAGUGACCAGGUCACUUUAAGACUUUGAAACUCUUUGGAGUUAAAAGUUUACCAACCAGACCCUCCAGGAUUUCGAGAUGUUGCGAUUGCUCUAAUUCAACCAGUCCAAAAAUGAUGUGCAACCUAGAAACUUUGUCCAAUCCCCGCAAUUGUUCUGCCAAUUAACUGUUUCCCUAGUACUCGUCUAACCAAUCAGAUGGGUUUCUGCAUGGUGCACUUCUUUGUUUAAGUUGUUGAAGUGUGAUAAUCUAGCCUUUUAUAAUCUCCGCUGUAGAUUGUACUAAAAAAAAUUCCCAAUCUUCUGCAAGCAAUGUGUUGAUGUGCAACUUUGAUGCAGACAGCGGCCAAUAAGGAAGCCUUUGGUGGCGUUUCGCCAACUCUGCACAAAUUUGUGUCAAUUGGUCACACUUGUAAAAAAAAAAAAAAGCCUGCAGAUGAAACAUUAACUGUAAAAUAACAUUGGUAAAUAUACUAAGAUUGUGGAUAUACACUACCGUUCAAAAGUUUGGGGUCACAUUGAAAUGUCCUUAUUUUUGAAGGAAAAGCACUGUAUUUUUCAAUAAACUAGUCUUAACUUGAAAGAAAUACACUCUAUACAUUGCUAAUGUGGUAAAUGACUAUUCUAGCUGCAAAUGUCUGGUUUUUGGUGCAAUAUCUACAUAGGUGUAUAGAGGCCCAUUUCCAGCAACUAUCACUCCAGUGUUCUAAUGGUACAAUGUGUUUGCUCAUUGGCUCAGAAGGCUAAUUGAUGAUUAGAAAACCCUUGUGCAAUCAUGUUCACACAUCUGAAAACAGUUUAGCUCGUUACAGAAGCUACAAAACUGACCUUCCUUUGAGCAGAUUGAGUUUCUGGAGCAUCACAUUUGUGGGCUCAAUUAAACGCUCAAAAUGGCCAGAAAAAGAGAACUUUCAUCUGAAACUCGACAGUCUAUUCUCGUUCUUAGAAAUGAAGGCUAUUCCACAAAAUUGUUUGGGUGACCCCAAACUUUUGAACGGUAGUGUAGUUUAGAAACAGAAUAUAUUGAAAAUGACUCCUCUACCAUGUUUCAUUAAAGUACAUAUUUUCAGGAGAUUAUAAGAGAAGAGAAGUCAGUGUACAGCUUGUAUAGGGCGUCAUUUUUAUAGUAAGUUGUCCCUUAUAAGCAUGUGCAUUGUGUAGUUUUCUGCAUAAUUGAUUUAUAACUGUGAACAUUUGCAUUUUUUUCCUCAGGUGAAGACUUAAACCCUAGCAGGAAUAACAAUUAUUUGAAUAAAGCCUA